AUGGAAAGAAUUAGAAGGGGUUUCACCCCACAAGGUAUUUGUCCUAUAUGUAAUCUUGGCCAGGAGGAUAUUUUCCACUUACUUAGGGACUAUAGAGAUGCGCAUAAUUUUUGGAUUAGUAUUGAUGCCUCUAGUUUCUAUCCCCAUUUUUUCACCGUUGUCGACUCUACUGAAUGGAUUUUUGCUAAUUUAAAGUCUAACUACACCCAAAUUGAUUUACAACAAUGGACAAUUAUUUUUCCUUUAGGAAUUUGGUACUUAUGGAAAAGAAGAAAUAAGGUGAUCUUUGAGAGUCCUGCGCAGAACCCGCCUAUGUCCAAGCAUUUUAUUUUACAGCAGGCUCUUGAGAAUACUGAAGCUUGGAAACGUGCUUCAGGAGUGGGCCAUACUAUUUCUAGAUCGUCCACCACCUUUAUUUUUUGGUCCCCUCCUGCUAUGGGAUGGAUUGCUAUAAAUACAGAUGGUGCAGCUAAGGGUUGUCCAGGACUUGCGGGUUGUGCUGGGGUUUUUAGAGAUAGUAAUGGUGAUUGGAUUCUUGGCUAUCAAUCUGCCUUGGCUGGUUCAUCUCCUGAAUCAACUUUUAUAGAUGAGUUUUACGCAAACCUUAACCUUGAAGAACAGCGUGGGAGGGUGGAAUUCAUGGAAUAUGACAGGAAGACCCCAAGCUGCAUAACUACCCAUCUGGAUGUCUAUCAGAGAGAGCGUUUCAUGAUGUGGCUAAUUUCAUUGGGAGGUAUGUUGAGGCUGAACCAAAGAUUCUAUCUGUUACAUGACUAUAUGCGAAUCAAGGUUACUAUUGAUAUCACCAAACCUUUGAAGCGUCGCCUUCAGAUGAAGCACCCAAAGGGAGAUUGGGGGUGGGUGGAUUUUAAGUAUGAACGGCUCUCAAACCUUUGUUUCUUUUGUGGACUGAUUGGACACUUUGAUCGAUUUUGCUCAAAGUUACUGGAUCACCCCCAAAUCCCUAGUGACCAAUUUGCUUAUGGCUCUUGGCUUAGGGCGGAUAACUGUCGAUCCUCCAAUGUCGGCGAGAAAUGGUUGUUAUCAGAGGCGGAGGUGCUAAGUGGAGGCCGCAGUGGGGGUGCUACUCGAUCAAAUUCAAAUUGCGCUCAAUCAGCGGGAUUGCAAUCUGAUUCAGUUUUUGAAUCCCCUAAUUUUGUGCAAGGGCAAUGA